AUGAUACGUUGCGACCACUGGGACAACGGGUGUCGAAAAGUGGUCAAACUGGACGAACUGACCAAACAUACGGACAACUGUCCCUUUAAUGGCAACAACAGAUGUGGGAAAUGCCAGUGCGAACUGACCCCCGAUCACGACUGUGUCAACGCUUUAUUGUUAUUCAAAUGUGUGGCACUCGAAGAGAUCGAGGCGUUAAAGCAUGCGUUACAUCGGGUUAAUGAAGGGCAGAAACUUAAUAGCACCAUGGUCAAUGGGUUGCCCAGAGAGCGUGUGCUACAUGUUGUGGCCAUUAUAUUCAAUAUCUAUUUUAUAUUAGACUCGAAAUUGAUUAAAAUGCCCGGAUAUAGUGUCGAUCGGUUCCCGGAGCUGUCCGGCGAGGAUCGGGACGAAUACAUGUGUAGUAUAUGUCAGGAGAUAUUCAACACUCCGGUCACCACAACCUGUUGUCUACAGUUAUUUUGCGAGGACUGCAUCACUAAAUGGCUUACGACUAACACUACCUGUCCUUAUGAUAGAAAACCACUUACCCGGAGUGGUCUAUCUAAGCCACCAAGACUAGUGAUGAACACUUUGGGUCGAUUUAAGAUACGGUGCGACUACUGGGCGCACGGGUGUCAGGAUGUGGUCAAACUCGAUGACCUGACUAAGCAUACAGUCGACUGUCGUUAUAAGGAUGCCAAAUGUCCAGAAUGUCAAUGCGCUCGAACAUCGGGGCACGACUGUAUUGUCGCACUACUCGCUGAAAACAAAGGGCUAAUUGUUGAAAACAAUGUGCUAAAAAAGAAACUAGCUGAUGAUCUGGUAAUUAACAAGGCGUUCAAAAACGAGGCAAAAGUAGAGAUCGAAGCGUUAAAACAGGCGUUAAAGCGGGCAAACGAUGCGUUGAAAAAUGCGCAUGCUAGCAAUAAUAGCGAUGAUGGGGCUCAUAUCGCCGAUCACGAGCUAUUGGUCGAGUGUAGGCAAAAACUGUCGUCACCCGAGCUCUUAACUAACACUAUGGACACUGAGAUGACCGACGAAACGGUGGCCAUAAUUAGCGCACAGUUGACGAGACAAACAAAUUUGUUUAACGUAUGCAAAGAGAUCGUAAAUAAUAUGGACCAGGAAUUUGGCUCGAGUUGGCACUGUUUGGCCGAUCGUGGUAAAGCCGGCUUCGCUUAUUAUACGCCCUCCGCUUGUUAUGCGUACAAUUUUAUAAGUGUGAAAAUCGCGCCAGUCACAUUUAUAAUAUUUCGUACGGUUACGUUAAAUUUGGCUAAUUUAAAGUGUCGCCUCGAUAGCAACAAAAUCGAUGAUGAUGACAUUGAUAUAAUGUACAAUGAGAUGAGGCCAUCUAUGAUUAAGGUGGUUAAGAAGGUCACGUGUGAGGCGAUUCAAAGUGCGGCCACCCUGGGCGAAAUUGCUAAAAACAUUAAUGAGAAAAUGAAAACAAAAUUUAACCGUAAAGAGUGGCAGUGCAUCGUAACGUUGCGCAACAGUUCUGGCUAUAAUUUAGCAACGGUACCAGGUUCACUUAUUGAUUACGAUUUGGAUCAGCUUAAGGUGAUUUUAUUCCAGGCCGGAUAA